AUGCCUGCUGCAACCGCGUCAGGAGCAGAUACAAAUGGCAGUACGACGAGGAAUAGAGAACACAACCAGGGCAAUCAGGAUAAGAAGUAUACGAUUGAACAGAAGACCGCGGUGAUAAGAGUCCGGAAGUGCUCCGCAACCGCAUUUUACGAAAUCCUUGGAAUUGAGAAAGGAUGUUCGGACGCAGAAAUAAAAAAGGCAUAUAGGAAACUGAGUCUCCUAACACAUCCUGAUAAGAAUGCAUAUGAUGGUGCAGAUGAAGCUUUCAAGAUGGUAUCAAGAGCAUUCCAGAUACUAUCGGAUUCGGAAAAGAAGGGUCGAUAUGACCGAUUUGGAGGCGACCCAGAUAGUAGGUUCGGUUCAGCAUCAGCAUCGUCUGCAUCUCCGUUCAGCGGAUUUGCCAGGUCACCAGGUGGCAGAGGACCAAUGUUUGACGAUGAGAUCUCGCCUGAAGAGUUAUUCAAUAGAUUCUUUGGAGGAGGGGGCAUGGGUGGCCCUUUUGGUGGUGAGCAAGAAUGA